CCUAUUUGUUUCAGUGGAGCACUUUUCGUAUAUAAAAACUGCACCACUCAUUUAAAAUCAUCAGUUCACUUUUGUAACUACCACAACAACCACAUUCAAUAUGAACACCUUUGUUGCUGUAUUCUGCGUUGCCCUCUCUGUGGCUAAUGCUUCCCUCUGGGCUGGUCAUGGUGCCACCCUUGUGGGACCAGGAACUCAUGGUGCUCUCUUGAAAGGACCAGCUGCAGCUGCCACUUUAGUUGGACCUGAUGGCAGUCAUAUCAGUGGUCAUGCUGAUGCUGGUGCAGUUGAAGCAGCCCCGCUCCACGGUGGUGCCAUCACUGCUUCCGUAGCUCCAGGGUACAUCGCCCACGCUGCUCCAGUCUACCAUGCCCCCGUUUAUGCCCACGCUGCUCCAAUUGUUCCAGUCGUACCUCACGUUGCCCCAGUGGUUGCACACAAAACUGGCACCCUCAUCGACGGGCCCUCUGGCACCAUCCACACAUCUGGAUCCGCUCAUGGUCUUAUCGCAGCCACCGUUGAACAUGGUCAUGGUCAUUACGGAUGGUAAAUCUGGACUAACAGCGUAGCGUUAUUCUGGAAUUACUUGCUCAGCUACCAUAAAGUAUUAUAUGUACUUGGGCACUUGUACAUAAUAAAUGAAUAAAUUGAUAUAUUGAUAUUAUA